GCCCCACGCCAAUACGCAACCGUCUCAGACACACCGUCUCUCUCUCUCUCUCUCUCUCUCUCUCUAUCUUUACAAAAGAGAUGAAAUGAAACAACACACAAUCUCAGCUCCGCAUCUCACCUCAAAACCCUAGUCAAAACGCAACGUAUAAUUCAUCAAAACUCUUCCUAUUUUGUUUUUUACUUUCUCAGUUUCACUUGUUCAGAGCUCUAUAUGCUUCCUUGCAAGAGAGCACGUGGAGGAGAGGCUGUAGUUGGAGAAGAAGGACAGAUAUACUCACCAGAGACUCUGUUAAAGAAACAGAAAAGCCUUGAUUUACCUCCAAUCGCUUCGGCGACUACGACUACCGCCGCUACAACCGCUUCCGGGAACGCUAAGAGCUCCGACAAAUCCACUACCUCCGGUGACAGUAACAAUCGCUGUAACAGCGGCUCCGAUUCAUUGAUCAUGGCUCUAGGUAACGGAAAUUCUUCUGAUAUUGAUGAAGAUCUCCACAGUCGCCAGCUGGCUGUGUAUGGUCGUGAGACGAUGAGGCGGUUAUUUGCGUCGAAUAUUCUAGUCUCUGGAAUGCAAGGUCUUGGCGCUGAGAUUGCUAAGAAUCUUAUACUUGCUGGAGUGAAGUCUGUGACCUUGCAUGAUGAAGGAGUCGUGGAGUUGUGGGAUCUGUCAAGCAAUUUCAUUUUCUCUGAAGAUGAUCUUGGGAAGAAUCGAGCUCUUGCCUCUGUCCAGAAGUUGCAAGAACUAAAUAACGCUGUAGCUAUUAAUACUUUAACAAAUGAAUUGACUAAGGAACAACUCUCUGAUUUCCAGGCUGUAGUCUUUACUGAUAUCAGCUUAGACAAAGCAAUUGAAUUUGAUGAUUACUGCCACAAUCAUCAGCCUCCAAUUGCUUUUAUAAAAUCUGAAGUACGGGGACUUUUUGGUAAUGUGUUCUGUGACUUUGGCCCUGAGUUUACUGUGUUUGAUGUUGAUGGCAAUGAACCAUAUACUGGCAUCAUUGCAUCCAUCAGCAAUGACAACCCAGCACUUGUAGCAUCUGUAGAUGAUGAGAGGCUUGAGUUUCAGGAUGGUGAUUUGGUAGUCUUUUCUGAAGUCCAGGGAAUGAUUGAACUGAAUGAUGGAAAGCCAAGGAAGGUUAAGAAUGCUAGACCCUACUCAUUUGCUAUUGAUGAAGACACCACCAAUUAUUCUGCAUAUGAGAAAGGUGGUAUUGUCACUCAGGUGAAGCAACCUAAGGUGUUAAAUUUUAAGCCGUUGCGGGAAGCGUUGAAGGAUCCUGGUGAUUUCCUUUUGAGUGACUUCUCCAAGUUUGAUCGUCCACCUCUCCUACACUUGUUAUUCCAGGCACUGGAUAAGCUUAUCCUAGAGUUAGGACGCUUCCCUGUUGCUGGGUCGGAGGAGGAUGCUCAGAAAUUCAUAUCCUUGGUCACUAGCAUGAAUGAUAGCUUAGGAGAUUCAAGGAUUGAAGAGAUUGACCACAAAGUACUUCGUCAAUUUGCAUUUGGUUCUAGGGCUGUGCUGAAUCCCAUGGCUGCCAUGUUUGGUGGUAUUGUUGGACAGGAAGUUGUGAAGGCCUGCUCUGGAAAGUUCCAUCCUCUAUUUCAGUUUUUCUACUUCGAUUCAGUUGAGUCACUCCCCACAGAACCCUUGGACCCCAGUGACUUUCAGCCCUUAAAUACUCGCUAUGAUGCACAGAUUUCGGUGUUUGGAUCGAAGCUCCAGAAAAAAUUGGAGGAAGCUAAAGUUUUUAUUGUAGGGUCUGGUGCACUGGGGUGUGAGUUUCUGAAGAAUUUAGCUUUGAUGGGCGUUUCUUGUAGUAAUCAAGGGAAGUUGACUAUUACUGAUGAUGAUGUCAUUGAGAAGAGCAAUCUGAGCAGGCAGUUUCUCUUCCGUGAUUGGAACAUUGGGCAGGCUAAAUCAACAGUAGCUGCUUCUGCAGCUGCUUUGAUAAACCCACAUCUCAACAUUGAAGCCUUGCAAAACCGUGCUAACCCAGAGAGUGAGAAUGUUUUUAAUGACACAUUCUGGGAGAAUCUGAAUGUUGUUGUCAAUGCUCUGGAUAAUGUCAACGCUAGGCUCUACAUUGACCAGAGAUGCUUAUAUUUUCAGAAGCCGCUUUUGGAGUCGGGAACUCUAGGUGCCAAGUGCAAUACUCAGAUGGUCAUUCCUCACCUGACUGAAAAUUAUGGUGCCUCUCGAGAUCCACCCGAAAAACAAGCACCUAUGUGCACUGUUCAUUCGUUCCCACACAAUAUUGAUCACUGCUUGACUUGGGCUCGAUCUGAAUUUGAGGGUUUGCUUGAGAAGACACCGGCUGAAGUGAAUGCUUAUCUGAGCAGUCCAAGUGAAUAUACACUUGCCAUGAAGAAUGCCGGUGAUGCUCAGGCCAGGGAAAACUUGGACCGGAUUCUUGAAUGCCUUGACAAGGAGAGAUGCGAAUCAUUCCAAGACUGCAUAACAUGGGCCCGUCUGAAGUUUGAAGACUACUUUGCUGACCGAGUGAAGCAGUUGACAUUUACUUUUCCUGAGGAUGCUGCGACUAGUAAUGGGACACCCUUCUGGUCUGCUCCCAAGCGUUUCCCACGCCCUCUGCAGUUCUCAGUUGAUGAUCUCAGUCACCUCCAUUUUGUGAUGGCAGCCUCGAUUUUACGUGCUGAAACAUUUGGCAUCCCUAUCCCUGACUGGGUCAAGUCUUCUGGAAAGUUAGCUGAUGCUAUUAACAAAGUGAUAGUUCCUGAUUUCCAGCCCAAGGAAAAUGUAAAGAUUGAGACAGAUGAGAAAGCCACAAACUUAUCUGCAGCGUCAAUUGAUGAUGCUGUAGUAAUUAAUGAUUUGGUCAAGAAAUUAGAAAAUUGCCAGAAGCAGCUACCACCAGGUUUCAAGAUGAACCCCAUUCAAUUUGAAAAGGAUGAUGAUACGAACUACCAUAUGGACUUAAUAGCUGGACUUGCAAACAUGAGGGCAAGAAACUAUGGAAUCCCUGAAGUUGACAAGCUUAAGGCUAAAUUCAUUGCUGGGAGGAUUAUCCCAGCAAUUGCAACUGCUACUGCGAUGGCUACUGGUCUUGUCUGCUUGGAGCUGUAUAAGGUUCUGGAUGGAGGGCACAAGGUGGAAGACUACCGAAACACUUUUGCUAAUUUGGCCCUCCCUCUGUUCUCAAUGGCUGAACCAGUUCCACCUAAGGUGGUCAAGCAUCAGGAUCUGAGCUGGACAGUGUGGGACAGGUGGAUAAUAAAAGACAAUCCAACAUUAAGAGAGCUGCUUCAGUGGCUGCAAGACAAGGGCUUAUGUGCUUACAGCAUUUCUUUUGGCAGUUGCCUGCUCUUUAACAGCAUGUUCCCAAAGCACAAAGAUCGCAUGGACAAGAAGUUGGUGGAUCUGGUUAGGGACGUUGCCAAGGCUGAACUACCUCCAUAUCGACGACACUUUGAUGUGGUAGUCGCGUGUGAGGAUGAAGAUGACAAUGAUAUUGAUAUCCCUCAAAUUUCAAUCUACUUCAGUUAGGUAUUUUGGCCUAGUUAAGCCGAUGACAUUUCUUUCAUAGGAUAAGUGACAGCAAUGCCUUUACAGACUUUUUCAUUAUGGAUUUCAGUUGAUAUAGGCAGAUGAAUGGGAUUGUUUGUUAUGUUGAUUACAUAUUCUCGUAUCAAUCAGAAGCUGCUCUGUUCUCAUUACCA